GUCAGCCCGCAGUUCGGGGGGUCGGCGAUCCUCUGCGAAGUCCCUGCCCGACUUGGAGGGAGCGACUGUGUCCUCACCUGUGCCCCCACCGCUUUACUCGGCCCUUCUUUCUACCUGCCUUGCUUGCCUCACACUCACCGUGUUGUCUGUCGUACCCACAAGGGUCGUAGGUUUCGCCAUGUGCCUCCAAGGCAUCAUUCUCAGCGCCUCCCCGUUGGCUCGGCUCGGUGCUGUCCUUGAGAGCCGCAACGCUGACGCCAUUCCCUUUCCCAUAUCUCUCAACAUGGUCGUAGGUAACGUGCUAUGGGCAAUGUUUGGUUUUUAUGUCAACGACCACGUUAUCUUCCUUCCUAGUGUUGUUGGCUACACGCUUGGCAUGACGCAGAUAUUGGUCAUCUUGUGGUGUUGGGGGUAUCUCCCCUACGACCUUGCUUUCCUCAAGUUCAUCUUCAGCAGUAGACACAGUAGUCCGGAAACGACUAUCGAGAUGACAGUGCGGGAGAGUGAGCAUCCCGAAUACAUCGACACUGCUGAGGAUGGUGCCCACUGUGACAGCGGCGAGGAACCAGAAGAGGGCAAUUUGAGGGUUAAGGAUAACAGCGUGGUGAAAUUGACGGACCUAGAGUCGGGCACCCUCGUAGCCUUGGCGAUCCGUGCCCUGGGCGUAGGCCAUAUAUUUACUCUCACUGGUGGGCAUAUAUCCCCUAUUCUGGUCGGCUGUAACGCCGUCGGUAUCAAAGUCGUGGACACACGUGAUGAGAAAGCAGCUGUUUUCGCGGCGGACGCCUAUGCAAGGCUGACAGGCAACAUCGGCGUCUGUGCGGUGACUGCUGGGCCUGGUCUCACGAACGCUGUCACUGCUAUCGUGAACGCUAGGAUGGCCGAAGUCCCAAUAAUGGUCUUGGCCGGGGCCACGUCUAUGAUCCUGAAAGGUAGAGGGAGCCUUCAGGAUAUCGACCAGGGAGCACUGGUCAAAUCAGCUGUAAAGAGCCAAACGACGGUGAAAAGUGUGAAGGAAAUAAUACCAGCUGUAUUACGUGCAUCUGAGGUUGCUGGGAGUCCUGCCCCCGGGCCCGUGUUCCUAGAGUUCCCACUAGACGUACUGUGGCCGAGGUCCAUGACUGAGAAUAGUAUGUUAACCUCUGGUGGGUACCUUUCCCAGGCCCGAGGCCUCACUGCAUCGCUGCAACGGUGGUAUCUCAACAACUACAUCGACUCAAUAUUCGGGAGGUACUUUGAAGGCUGUUCGCCAGAGGUCGUUCUCCCACCGCGGAGCUCUCAUGAACUGGUUCAAGCGGCGAGGCCAGUGCCGAGCCGUAGUGCAGUGGAGGCGACUGUAAAGAUGCUGAACGCGGCUAAGCGACCGGUCAUUUUGGUAGGCUCCCAAGCAGCCCAGGACGUAGCUCAUAUCGAGCAACUACGCGAGGCUCUUAUUUUCUUAGAGGUCCCAGUGUGGGUCUCGGGGAUGUGUCGAGGGCUCUUUGGCAGGAGUGGCAACAGUCCGCAGAUGUUGCAUAUGCGAGGGAAAGCACUGAAGGAUGCCGACUUAGUCAUCAUAGCAGGCGCUCCGUUGGACUUUCGUCUCAACUAUGGGCGAAGCAUUGGUAAAGGGGCCGCCCUCGUCGUUUGCAACAGCAACAGGGACCUCUUGAGGAAGAAUAGGGACAUGCGAACUGCCAAGCUGUAUGUUCACGGUUGCCCGAGUCGGUUCCUCCGCGAGGUAGCCCUGAUGGUGACACGGCAGAGUCGGAAGCCAUUCUGGACCAAAUGGACGGCGACCUGUCAUCAGCGUGAAGCGACGCGAGAGAAGGAGAUAGCCUCAUCGAGUGGCCUCGUCCAGAUGUGUAUGGGCUCGUAUCACCUAACUUUAGACGACUCGCCCUCGGGCCAAGGGGACCGUGUACAUCCAGUGAGGUUACUAAAGGCUGUGGACACGUUCUUGCAAAGGUGUGGUACGGAAGCAGUUAUUGUGGCGGAUGGCGGCGACUUUGUUGGGACAGCCUCAUACUGCGUCAAGCCGGUUCGAGCCCUGGGCUGGCUCGACCCGGGAGUCUUCGGAACCCUGGGAGUUGGUGGCGGCUUCGCAGUAGCUGCUGGUGUACUAGCAGGAGAGUCUGCAGUAGAGCCUGUAUGGAUCCUCUGGGGUGACGGCAGCGUGGCUUGGUCUCUGGCCGAGUUCGAGACGAUGAAACGACAUAAGAUACCCUGCGUAGCUAUCGUUGGGAAUGAUGGCAAGUGGAACCAAAUGUAUCGAGACCAAGUGCGGCUGUUGAAAGAUCCUAUCGCAACAGUGCUAGGCGCCCACGUUGACUACCACGUAGCAGCCGAAGGUUACGGUGGCAAUGUAGGUUUUCUUCUCGAGAAGGAAUCCGAUAUAGAAGAUGUUCUGAGUAUGGCCCGUACGGCCGCAUUGCAGUGUCGUGGCCCAGUACUUAUUAAUGCUAUGUUGUCCAGCAGUGAUUUUAGAGAGGGCAGCAUCUCUUUAUAG